AUGGCAAAUGCUGGACCAAACUCUAAUGGAUCUCAAUUUUUCAUUACUGUUUGUCCUGCAGAAUGGCUUGAUGGAAAGAAUACCAUUUUUGGAGAGGUAAUCGAAGGAAUGAAUGUUGUACAGAAGAUCAACCAAGUGCCGACAUUUGAGAAGAGUGGACGACCACGUAACGAAAUCUCAAUAAUGUCUAUAACGCUAAAGUAG